AUGGCACAAACAUCCAUGCUAACACAGGAUAUUGCACCUAUUCCUCUGGAAUAUGUGCCAGCACCUACAGAGGAAGAAAUGCAUCCAUGGUAUCAGGCAUCCCACCUGAAUCUAGACCAGCCACUUCUCAGAGUCUGGGAUUCCCACUCAGGCGUUAAGCCAACAUCAACAAACUGCAUGUAUUCACGAUGUUCAUAUAAACUACUAGAUACUUUCGAGACCCGGGCAAUCUCGUUAGCCAUCCACGCCCAUCAUGGCAACCAGACACCGACACCGUACAUCUCAUUCACUAAAUCCGCAGGAGCUGUACAGAGAUAUGCCGAAGUGAGGGCCUGGAAGAGAGGCUCUCAGAUGCUUACGGUUGUCAACCCCAGGGUUCGAGCGGCCAGCGGUCGACACCUUCUCAGCAUGGUUAAUGAAAUGCGUUACUACGGGGUACGAGACCCAUUUGGCAUGUCCUGUGAUGAAGAUGAAUACCUCUGUCUCUGGAUGGUUUCAGAAGAAGAGGUUGUUGGACAUUGGGAAUGGAGCGAGCUCGCUAAACUGGAUGAUUGGUACGAGGCUAUUAUCCUGCCCGCGUUUAGAGAGCAUAACAAAAGAUUUGCGGCUCGUUCCUCGACAACCAAUUCAUCAAAUUCAGUCGAUGCCUUGUCCGAUACAUUCUCCAGUGCUAGGAAAAUAUCGAGAGGAUGGGGCAAUAUAUCGGAUGAAGGCGACUCCCUUCGUUUAGAAUACUCUCCUAAUAAGCGUCAGGACUCGUCGAGUGAGGCAUAUAGCAAGUUAUUUGAGGACUAUAGUGAUCUGAGCGACAGUUACUAUGAGUCUGAGGCCAAUGUAAUCGCUUAUUUGCUCAGCCCCUCGGAAGAUGAGUCCUAG